AUGAGAGAACACGACAAGAACGCAUCCGAAAAUAUGCAAAUCAAACGAGAAACACAAGAUAAAGAGAUCUACAAGUUGGAAAUUAUGUACUGGUUAGACAAAAAAAAGAAAAACAAGCUAACUGCGAAUUUUAAUCACAAACCGUAUAAAGUGAUAAAGAAAACUGGUUCAGAGAUACAUGCCCAAAGUAAAGAUGGUCAUAUUGUGAAACGGAACGUGUCACAUUUCAAGCGAAUAAAUAAACCACGAGAAGAAGACACUGAUGAUGAAGGUUUCGAUUAUGAAGAAAACUCGCAGGACAAUCAGCCAUCUAUCAGUAAUGAACACAACGAAGUACCAAGAAGAUCAAGCCGAAUUCGAAGAACACUGAAUCGAUACGGACAUGAAUAUCCAUCAAAUCUAAUAAACUAA